AUGUUCCGUAUGCCCAGCAGGCGAACAGCACGCACUCAUAGUAACCUGCGGGCGCGCAAGGUGCCCGCCUGGUCAUCGCUCCCCACUCCUGGCGCAAGGUCUAGCUUAGCGUAUGGGGUACACUACGACCGGUUGGUUGUUCUUCCUCCUGCGGCUCGCUCUCCUCCCAUUUCUCCUCUUACUUCCUCCCCCCCCCUCUCUUCCCAUUCCGUUGUAAGACCAAUGACGUGCCUCUCACCAAACCCUGUCAAAGGGCAUGCUGGCCAUUCACAUCUUCGCUCACCACACCCAGGUUGCGCUUCACAACCUUGUCCGCAAGUGACCAUUCGCUGGCCGGCAUGGGCCCUUGCCCGAAGGUCCCCCCGCAUUACCCUGGGUGGUGGCAUGGCGUGGAUCGUAUCAGAAAUGGCUGGCGCAGCACCUGGGCGCUGGGGUUGGAAGAAAGUGGCUGCUGCAAAAGACACAAACUGCAAAAACUGCCCUAACUGCGAAACUCAAGCUGAUUACAUGGUUCUGAGUCGGUGUUUUGGGUCUGUUGAUAGUUUUUCGGUGAUGGGAGGGUUGAAAACCUUGGGAUCAGUGUUCCAUGUCACGCUUCCCAUUAUUAAGCGCUGGCUAUUGCGUGCAACCACCUUUGGCCAGAGACCCUCAGAAGAGCUCGCUGUCCUUUUCAACGGAGUCAACACGCAGCAGCAGCCUUCACAGGUCGCUCCGCGCUAA